CGCCUUACCGAGUCUCACCGCCGGGUUGCGACUCCGCUGUCACAACAAAAAAUCCUUCCCGCUGUGUUGACACAAUGGUACAUUCCAACGCCAAACUACGCUAGCUCCGAGAAGGGCGCGGUUCAGCGAGAGGACACAACUUCUCCACUAGCCAAUAGCAGCGGACUUUCAGGGACGGACUGUCCAAACGGAUUCAGAGAAUCCAAUGGCAGCAGACCUCUGGAGGCAAAGCCGUCCAAUCGCAUUUGAAGCCUUGAACCGAACGUGGACCUCUUUCCUGAUGCACGCAACUUUCAAUGUGUACUCUACAGUAAAGGGAAGGAAGAUGGCAGGUGCUUGUUCAAGAAGUCAGAGCAACAUUAUAUCGGAGUGACAGCUUUCGAAAUUGGGGAACCGAGACUUACUGAUAAUUGGAAGGAGCGCUAAAGACUGCUCAGGAUGAAGGGUCUCUACCUGGUGGAACCCGUGGUGGCGCUGUACGCCUUCUCCACGUACCUGACGUACCCUCUGGUGACGCAGUAUGUGUACCGCCGCCUGUGGCAGGAGCUGACCAACAGCACCUACCCCGUCUCGGACACGUCCGCGUGCGCCGCCGCCAACGCCAGCGACAACCAGACCGACUAUUUCCAGAAGGUGCAGGAGCAGGCUUCCCUGUUCUCGCUGUACUCUCAGAUCCUUUCGGCCGUGCCGUCUUUGCUGGUUACCCUCCUGCUGGUGGCGUACAGUGACCGGGCGGGGCGGAAGGUGGCCAUCAUCCUGCCGCUGGUGGGCACACUGCUCUACACGCUGUCCCUGCUGCUGGUGUCCUUCUUGCGGCUCAACGUCUACUUGUUGGUGGGCGCCUCGCUGCUGUCUGCCCUCUUCGGGGGCCUGGGCACCUUCCUGGGCGGUUGCUUCGCCUACGUGGCCGACUUGAGCGGCGGAGGGGACGGCCGGCGGAUGACGCUGCGCAUCGCCGGGCUGGACAUGAUGAUCGGGCUGCUGUCGGGCGUGGCCGCGCUGUCCACGGGCUACUACCUGAGGGCAGCGGGGUUCAACGGGCCCUUCCUAACUUCGGCCAUCUGCCAGUUCCUGGUCCUGCUUUACGCCGUCUUCAUUCUGGAGGAGACGGUGACGCGGGCGGACUCGGACGGUGUCGGCGGGUGGGCCGCCGUGCGGCACAUGUUCUUCGCAAUCUACAGGAUGUUGGCGAGGGCCGCUCCCAAGCGGCGCACGCUGCUCCUCCUCCUGGUGUCCAUCUUCACCAGCUUGUCCUUCACCUCAGUGGGCAGCUUCUCCUUAAUAGUGCUGUACGAGCUCAAGGAGCCGCUGUGCUGGAGCGAGAUUCUCAUUGGCUACGGCGCGGCGUUGUCCACCACCGUCUUCUUGUUCAGCUUCGUGGGCGUGGCCGCGUUCACCUACUGCGGUGUCCCGCAGCUGCUUGUGGUGCUUACGGGCAUCCUUUCUUUGGCGGCGGGCAUGACCAUGGUGGCCUUUUCCAAAACCACUUUGAUGAUGUUUCUAGCGAGGCUUCCCAUGUUGCUGUCCAUCAUGCCCUUCUCAGUGCUGCGAUCCAUGAUGUCGAAAAUCAUCUCCAAGUCCGAGCAGGGUGCCUUGUUUGCCUUGCUCUCCUUCGCGGAGGUCCUGACAUCCAACGUGUCGGCGGCGGUCUUCAAUACCGCCUACGCUGCCACGGUGGCUCUGUACCCCGGGUUCGUCUUCUUGCUCGGCGCCGGACUCUGCGCCAUCCCGACCAUACUUCUGGGCGUGGUGUGCGCGAUGGGAGUGGACGUGGCCGUCGAGGAUGAGACGCUGAACGAAGACGAGCGUCCCCAAGCGGACAAGGACGCGCCUCAGGAUGACAGCGACUGCGACCCGCUGCUAAACUGAAAAACACAGGGAGGGAAUAACGUCUGAAAAUGUCCUUUAAAAAAUGUAUAGGUCAGUGUGUGUGUGAUGUAAUUGUUUUGAAAUACAAGUUUUCUCAGCCACCACUAGAGGUCUCUGUGGAAAUGUCUAAAAUGGGCUUGAAGAGGACACCAUGAAUCCAGCGCCAAUUUAACAAUCACUUCACUUACCCCAAUGUGUGGGUAGAUGUUCUAGCAAUGACAGUAGUCCUCCUGAUGAGACAGGAAGCUGCAAGUCUAACGGAAAGUCUGGGAACAUCAACAUCUCUUUGGGAAGGUUGGUCCUGUGCCCCAAAGAAUGAGUUUGCAGUCAUAAGAUCAACAUUUUAAUUCAUGUACACAUAACAGAACAGAAAAUCCAGAUUUCUUCAACAAAACUGAGGCAUUUAUUUCUUUCUUGUAUUUUUUUUUUCUGGCAAAAACAAACAAACAGCAGUCAUUUAGCGGCAGCGUUGACGUGCUGCGGAGGCGGCUGUUGCUGUGGCGGCGGCUGCUCGGCAAGCGCCUGCUGCAGCCGCGUUCGCUUCCUGGAGUAGUGCUGCCAGUGUAGCAGUUGCUGUUCGUCGAUGAAUUUGGCGCAUUGCGCGUUCACCAGCUCCUUGCGGAAGUGCUCGUACUGCAGCAGCUCCAGCAUGUGCAGGCAGUGGGGGUACCUAAACGCACACCGAGAGAGCGAGGGAAAAACUACUUUGAUACUUGAUGCAUCAUUUGGAGAUGUCUAACUCCUCAGAUUAUCUCGUGUGCAGCAUCGACAGAUGAAAACAGUUCAGAUAUUAAUCAUUUAUCGAUAUGAGCUUUGGCGGUCUUACUUGAGAAACUUGGCGUAGUCGGGCUCCUUCCAGUACAACAAAUACUUGAGGUAAUUGAUGAAGGGUUUCUCCCUGAGGAAGCCCCUCUGAGCCAGGACUACACACGCACAGUGUACUAUUAUUAGCAAUAUGUAACAAUAAUAAGAUGUUGUUAACAAUAUGAAGGCACACACUUACAGUUGAGAUAGUUUGGGUUGGCCAAACACUGAAUGAACUCCAACUCUGACUGGAAGCGGGUCCGAGCUUGCUCCUCUACACGUACACGUACAAACACGUUACUCUUUUGGGAUGCUAGCAAUUGUUGUAUAACGGAUUACGAGAUUGUGAAGAAUCUAUAAAAAAUGACGUACCGACGUUCGAAUCAUAUCAAUAUGAUCAAUAACAACAUAACACGAAGAAAAGGAAUGGGAGCGUCUAUUUUGUAUUUGGUGUAGCUUUAGCUUGUUAGCACGAUGGAAGCUCGGUGAAACAUUUAAAGCUGGUUUACCUGUUUCCAUGACUGCUCUCAGUUGUAAAAUGAAGAGAAAAAAGACGCUUCUUUCGUCCGCCGAGAAAAAGUAAAUUAUAGAAAGAGAAAAUGUGUCGAAAAGCGUCCGUUUGUUGCUUCGUGUAGUUUAGCCGAACGAAAACACAACCAUGUCAGCCAUGUUUUCCGGAAA